AUGGAUGAGAAAUCUGAAAACGGAGUUCAUAGAUUCUUUCAGAUAUCAGAGACUGGUAAUCCCGUAUGGCACAGCGGGAAAAGUGAUAGUUGUGCCUCACCUUGGACCAAUCCUGGUGAUUACAGUAUGGGACGUCAUAUGCUUACUAUGGACACACUAUAUAAAUUUCCCUCCGAGAACGGGAUCGCAAAACCAGAUGACAUAUUUGAUGAAAAAGUUGGAGCUUCUCGCCGAACAGAUUUUCAAAAUGGAGGAGACUGUGCGAGCUCGUCCAUCCGCAGUGAACCUCACGAUUUCGAAACGGAGAGGAAAGAUUCUAAAAUACCUCUUCGGUGCUUCGAUUCGCUGUGGGACAGGCAAAGGGGUAGAAUCGAUCAACAAACAGAUAGCAGAAACAAGAGUAAGACUGAUGCCGAGAUUGUUUUCGAAUGUCCCAACCGAUCAGGAAUUCGAAAAAUGCAGACAAGCCUGGGGCAAUUGCUCCGAAUUGGUUCCUAUUGCAACUCUGUGUGGACAAUGGAAACCCCAAAGACGCCGUGCUGUCUUGUAUUCCCGGACAAUCAAUCUGAAAAGCAGGAAAACGGUGCCUCUCUGUGUCAAGUGUCAGUUGGUGAUAAAUUCACUGGCUCCUCGUAUAAUCCGCCCAUUGUAGUCGAAAUUGUGGACUCAUCCAAUAGUUCUCGUGUUGCAAUUUCUCUUGGCCUUGACCUCCAUAUCGAAACUCCUCAAGAUGCUAUACAUUAUGUGAAAGAUGAUCUUAUCUGUUAUAUUGAGGAAGUUAGAGGAUAUGGUUUCAAUCAUAUCAUUAUCGUUGGGCAACGUUACUGUGGAAUGCUUUUCCUAGAUUGCUACGGUCGCGUGUUUGAUUUGGACAAUACUAAUAACAUAUUAUGGUUUGGCGGUGAUUAUUUCGAAAAGAUGACAAAUAAUCGUGGUGUUUUAUCGGUGCCAUGGCACGUAUUGGAUGAAAGAACUCUAUAUGAGUCCGAAAAAUGUGUGUAUACGCGCACUCACGAAUUGAAAGAUGAGCUCGGUGAAG